AUGCUCUUCCAAACCAUGCUCCUCGCCCUCAUCACCUCCCUGGCCCUCGCCCAAUCCGAAGUCGGCCGUCCCUGCGGCUUCAAGAUGGCCCCCUGCCCCUUCGACAUGAAGUGCGUCCCCGACAACGCCUACUGCCCUCACCCCAGCCGCUGCCCGGGCCACUGCGAGUUCAAGAACAAGUACGACCAGUGCGGCGGCUUCACGCCCCGGCCGCACGUUUGCCGCCGGGGGUCCCGGUGCCAGGACGAUCCCCGGCUGCCGCCCAACUGCGGCAUGGCGUGCGAUGCCCCGGGGAUCUGCAUUCCCGAGAAUGCUCCCUUCUGUGGAGGGUUCAUGGGGUUGGCUUGUCCGAAGGGAUUGUACUGUUAUGAUGCGUUGGAUGACUGUGAUCCGAACAAUGGAGGUGCAGACUGUGGAGGAAUCUGUCUGUAG